AUGCGCAAGCAAAAGCUUAAAGACUUUAAGACAAGUGCAAGAAAGGCUUUGUUUAGGCUUUCCACACUCACCGGAGACAAGCCCUUCCCGACGCGUGCGGAAGCCUGUGACGUGGCCAAUGCAGUGUUGGACGGCAGUGACAUGGUGAUGCUGAGUGGCGAGGUGGCCAAUGGGGCCUUCCCCGUCCAGACCUGUGCCAUGAUGCGGAGGAUCAUUGAGGAGGCGGAGCAUGCCCUAGAACUGGACUCCUCCCACAGCGUCUUUACCUGA